CUAUAUUGUUUUGGCUAAAAAUGUAUUUUGGGUAGGGAAUUUAUUUGUCUUAUUUAUUUAUUUUAUAUUAAGUCUAGAAUAGUUGUCUGACACAUAAUAGACUUAUUAUGCUUACCAAAUACUUGUUGAAAGAAUCUUCCACAUCUGUCCAUCAAAUACUCAUCUUGGGAACACUGCAUCUACCACAUGGGAAACUGCAAUAGUUUUCAGUGCCAGUUACAAUUGAUACUUUGAGAAUGGAUAGGUAUUGCAUAGCCUACUUCUACUCACCUCAUCCAAUACUUACUGAAUACUUACUGUGUGCCAGACACCCUUCCGAGGAUACAGAUGAAAGAGAAAAUCAAGGGCUGUGCUUGGAUGUAACUUUCCUAUAUAUAGUUGACUGAGAUGUAGCAAAAACAAUGAAAUGAAACCUAAACAGAGGUGUUUCUACUUUAGAUAGGCUGGCCAGGAAAAACCUUUUUGAAGAGAUGACUUUUGAGCAAGGCUUAAACGAUGAGAAAAAUAUUUCAACAAUCUAGAGACGAGAAUUGUAAGGAGAGAAAAUAGCGUGUGUAAAAGCUCUGAGGAAAAAUAAACUUGGGUGAAAGUAGAAAAUUUUGGCAGAUAUAUUCAGAUUCCAAUGUAUUUAAAGAGAGAAAGGGCCUCAAAUCUUGGAGCAAAAACCAGAGACAUUGCCAGAGCAAACAAGAACAGAAGUACAAAUGGAGGACUGGUCAAAAGAAACCUUCAUUGCCUAUAUUUUAUAAUCAACCAGUAUAUUUUAAGACCAGGACAAGGCUGCAUUAGUUCAGGCAUAGCCCAUAGUUAUCUUGAACAAGAAACUACAGGGAGAAAUAUAAGUACACAGCCAGAGGAGCAACUGACUGUAAAUUCUAAGGGAAGCAUGCAUCAGAAAUCCAGUGAAUUAGUUAAUGAAGCUACAAAUGAGGACACAGAACUGCCAGAACAGAGAUUGAGGAAUUUUCAGCUCAUCAGUCCUCAUCCAGGUGAUGAGACAGUUUACUGCACUACAGAAAAAUCCAAAAUUAUGGAACAUAAAAGUAAUGAUUUGCAUUAUGAAUACAUGAUUCCUCAUGAAGUUACUUCAGACUUAAAUAAAGAGAAGACAAUAGCAUUUCUUCUAAAAGAAUUGGACGUUCUCAAAGCAAGCAAUAAAAAGCUUCAAGAAAAACUGACUAAAGAAGACAAAGAACAGAGAAAACUAAAGCUUAAGCUCGAACUCCAAGAAAAAGCAACAGAAGCUCAAAUUGCUGAAAAGACAGCAGCUCUGGUUGAAGAAGUGUACUUUGCACAGAAAGAACGUGAUGAAGCUGUUAUGUCUCGACUGCAGUUAGCCAAUGAGGAGAGAGAUGAAGCAAUUGCACGAGCCAAACACAUGGAAAUGUCUCUAAAAGUGCUAGAAAAUAUUAACCCUGAAGAAAAUGACAUGACAUUACAGGAAUUACUGAACAGAAUAAACAAUGCAGACACAGGGAUAGCUAUUCAGAAGAAUGGAGCUGUAAUUGUGGAUAGAAUCUACAGGACCAAGGAAUGUAGAAAGAGAAUAACUGCAGAAGAAAUGAAUGCAGUGAUACAAGAACGAGAUGCUGCUUUGUCUCAGUGCAAACGGCUAGAGCAGGAGCUUCAUCAUCUGAAAGAGCAGAACCAGACUUCAGCAAACAACAUGAGACAUCUGACUGCUGAAAACAAUCAAGAACGUGCUCUGAAGGCAAAGUUGUUAGCUAUGCAACAAGCCAGAGAAACCACAGUUCAGCAGUAUAGAAAACUGGAAGAAGAAAUUCAGACACUUCGAGUUUACUACAGUCUCCACAAAUCUUUAUCCCAAGAAGAAAAUCUGAAGGAUCAGUUUAACCAUACCCUUAGUACGUAUGAAGAAGCUUUAAAAAAUAGAGAGAACAUUGUUUCCAUCACCCAACAACAAAAUGACGAACUAGCUACCCAACUGCAGCAGGCUCUGACAGAUCGAGCAAACAUGGAAUUAGAGCUUCAGCACGCCGUAGAGGCUUCCCGAGCGGCCAAUGACAAAGUUCAGAAGUUGGAAAGGCUGGUGGACGUCCUGAGGAAGAAGGUUGGAACUGGGACCAUGAGGACAGUGAUCUGACUGAAAAAAACGACAGUCUGGGGAAGCAGUCACAUCUGGUGACCAGGCUGCUUCAUUCAACACUGUGUAAACACGAAAGCCUUAACUUAGCAAACAGUUGUUAGAAGUGGGACACUCCAACCACAUUCCAAGCUGAGAUAAAAUCAAAUCACAAAUGUUUAACCACUUUGCUGCUGACUUGAGUUAUUUAUCCAAAUGUAUUAACUGCAGACUUUUACCAAUGGGUAGCUAUAAAGUUGCAGCUUAUUUUGUAACUAUUUUAUAUCUCACUGUGUUUAAUAUAAAUAUGUUUGCUGAAAGAUCAUUAUAGAAACAUAGUAAAGUUGGUCAGGAUCAUAUCUUCACAUAUGGCCCUUUCUGAAUCAAAAUGCAGCAAGGUAAAUAUUGUCUAAACCUUAAUCCACUGUGUUAGGUCAAAACUUCAAAUACAUGCAUUUUUCAACAUAGGGUUUAUUUCUUAACUGAUGAGAGGAGCACCUACAUAAGAAUGUAUAGUCUUCCUUCAGUGCAUGCAUUUAAUCUUUGUUAGUAUUAAAGAACAUUAAAUAGAUAGCAAGAGUUAAAUGUAUAAUUUGCUUUAAUAAGAGUUUGACACAUUAAAAUUACACAAAUCAAGGCAUGAUUUUUGUUUCACUUUACAAGUAAUGCACACUUUUCAAUAAAAAGAGAGUAUUGUUAAUGUGUUCUUAUAAA